AAAACAUAACCACUAUUUUAUAUACACUAAUGCAUUCUGGCGCAUGGUGCAUUCUGCAAAUAUUUCCGAUGGCGGCCACACGUGAAGUUACUUAAACUACAAAAACAUCGCAAACUGAUGACAUAAAAAUGCCGAUUUCGGCACUGGAUGUAAGAACGGUUAAACUAAUUACUACCACGCAAAUAAUAACGUCUGUGUAUGCUGUGGUGAAAGAAUUAGUCGAAAAUGCAAUUGACGCCGAUGCAGACAACAUCGAAAUUAACCUGAUAGAUAAUGGCAGAUCUUUGAUAGAAGUAAAGGACAAUGGUUGUGGCAUAUCAAAGGAGGAUACCCCGUACAUGGGAUUACCAUCCUACACGUCGAAAAUAACGAAUUUCGAAGAUCUAGAUGAAUUGCAAACAUUUGGCUUCAGAGGAGAGGCGCUUAGCGCACUGUGUGCAGUAGCAGAAGUCAUCAUUAUAACAAAAACAAAAGAAGAUAACGUUGCAGCCUUGUAUGCAAUGAAUCAUAAUGGACAUAUUGUAAACUGUGAAACUUGCCAUAGAAGUACUGGAACUACAGUACAAGUAAGAAAUUUAUUUAAACAAGUGCCUGUGAGGAGACAAAUAAUUACUAAUACAAAGAAAACUAAUCAGACUAUUAAAUUAUUGGAAACUCUGAUACAGUGCUUUGGAAUAUGUAAACCAAACAUUCGAAUACAAUUCAGAGUGAAUAAUAAUGUUAUUUUUACAAAACCAAGUUUAAAUAAUAUCAGAGAAGCUGUGAAUCAUGUACUUGGUAGAAAAAUUAUGUCUAACAUGGAAUGGGUUGAAUCUAAAAAUGCAGAGCUUACUCUGCAAUUAAUGUUGCCUUCAAAAAAAGUGCAAAAUUUAUCAGACAUUUUUCACCCCGAUUUACACUUUAUUUUUGUAAAUAAUAGACCUAUUAAGCACAAAGAUCUUGAAAAGAUUGUAAAUAGUUUAAUAUUAGAACAUUUUGAACAAGAAUCAUAUAGAAAGAAAACAGUAUUUCUUGUAUACAUUACUUUGAGGCCAAUGGAUAUUGAUGUCAAUUUAGAACCAAAUAAAGAUGCAAUUUUGUUUAAAGAUCAGAAUAAAAUCCUUAAUAGUGUAGAUAAGUGUAUAAGAAAAUUUUAUGGGCUCAAACCUGUGGAAGUUACUGAACAAAAUGUGUCUAAUGACACGUCUGUCUGUUAUCAAGAUUAUUCACCUAGUUUGAACAAAAAUAUUGUUGACGCUGAAGAGCCUGUGUGCAAAAAACGAAAAAUACAUGUUCAAGAGAAAGAUAUUCAAGAAGAUAUUGUCAAAGAGAAAUCCAUACUUGUUAAUAACUGUAAUGGAUAUGAAGAAUCUCAAGAAAAGCAAAAUAAUAAUCAAAUUCAUGAACAGCAGCAUUAUGAAAAUGCAUUGCCUCUAACAACCCAUGUACAAGCACCGAAUUUGAGUGAUUCUGAUUCAAAUGACACCUUCCCUACCACAAUUCCAGUUAAUGAUAAGGUAAAAAAUGACUAUUUAGCUUUAAGUCAACUACCCGUAGUAGAUCUUGGUGAAGAUUUUGACUUUAUAGAAAAAAUUGAAAACUGUAAUAUUUCUAAGAACGAAAAGGAGGCUAAAAGCAUCAAAGAGAAAAAGGAAAUUACAUUGGAAGCAUGGAGUAAAGGACAUGUCGCUGGACUCAAGGGUGGUACAGAUAUAAUAUCAGAUAUUGCCAUUCAGGGUAUAUUAGAUGAUAACUUAAAUAAGAAAAUUGAUGAAACAUUAGAACCAGAAACAGUACGUGUUGACCGUAAAGAGCUUAAAUUUCUAAAACAUGUUAGAUCACAAGUUACAAAGGAAAAUCCUACAUUAACAGCAGCCCAAACUGCAAAAAAGAUUACUAAUUUUUGGAAGGACUUGUCUUCGGAAGAACGUGGUUAUUACCGCGAUAUUGCAAAAGAAGAAGAAAAGGAACAUCAGAGAUAUAAAAAAGCCGAGGAAAGAGCUGAUACGAAUAAAAUAGGCUCAGAUAAAAAUAAGAGUAGACUCUUACAGUUGUUUGAGAAAAUAAAAUCUUCGAAAAAUGAAGGGAAAGAUAAAUUAAAUAUGAGAACGAUAGUACCUUGGAUCAUCGACAGAACUAAAAUAAUCACAAGAUCAGAUUUUGAGAAUGAGCACAUAAUAGGUCAAUUGACACCCAAUCUGUGGGUUGCUACAAUUUGCGAACAAAUAUGGGUUGUAAACAUUACUGGUCUGAUCAAAGGUUUGAAAGUUACUGAUAUUGAUGCAGAUAAGAUUGAUGCCAAGAGAAUUGAACGUCUUCUUAAGCAAUGGUUGGUAGAACGAGAUGAUAUGUCGGUGAUGCACUCUAUUUACGAAUACACGAAAAAAGCGUAAAUGCUCAUAGUAUUACUGUAAUACAUGCAAGAUGUUUUUUAAGUUAUUUAGUAAGCAAUGUUAGAACGUUUUAAUUUCAUCUUUAAGUUAUUUAGUAAAUAAUUUUUUUCAUGUUUAACGUCACUUUUAUGUAUGUACAAUAUUUCUAAUAUGCAGAAUCUUAAAUUAUAGUUGAACUUUUGAUUUGUACAAUUUGUACAAUUUUAUACAAUUGUAUAGGUACACAAUAAUAAAAUAUAUACAAAUAAUGAAUAAAUUAAAAAUCAUGAAAGUAA